CCCCUUUUCAUCCCUGCCCCAUCCCUGUGCCUCUGCAGUCUCUGGCUUCAGUCUCAUCCUCACCCUGAAUCAACUGAGCUAAGAAAAGCAAAUAAGAUGCCCACCAGCGAGCGUUUAGACUGCCAUUACUGCAAAGACUCCCUGCUGGGGAAGAAGUACAUAAUGAAAGAUGACACGCAGUACUGCACUAAGUGCUACGAGAACUUGUUCGCUAACAACUGCGAGGCAUGCUCCUUACCAAUCGGCUGUAACUGCAAGGAUCUCUCCUAUAAGGAUCGUCACUGGCACGAGCAGUGCUUCAAGUGUGGCAAGUGCAGCCGCUCUCUAGUGGAAAAGGCCUUUGCCGCCAAGGAUGAUUUGUUGCUCUGCACUGAGUGCCAUGCACAGGAUUACUCCUCCAAGUGUACCACCUGCAAGAAAACCAUCAUGCCAGGUUCCCGCAAAAUGGAAUACAAGGGGAACAGCUGGCAUGAGACCUGCUUCCUGUGUCACCGCUGCCAGCAGCCAAUAGGAACCAAGUCCUUCAUCCCUAAAGACACCGGUUACUUCUGUGUGGCCUGCUUCGAGAAGCAGUUUGCAUACCAGUGCUCCGCUUGUAAGAAGGCCAUCACAACAGGUGGGGUGACCUACCAAGAGAAGCCCUGGCACCGCGAGUGUUUUCUGUGCAUUGGAUGCAGAAAGCAGCUGUCAGGCCAGCGCUUCACCACCAGAGAAAAUUACCCCUACUGCCUGGAGUGCUUCAGCAACCUAUACGCAAAGAAGUGUGUGGGCUGCACCAAGCCCAUUACUAGUCUGGCAGGAGCCAAGUACAUCUCCUUUGAGGAACGCCAGUGGCACAGUGAGUGUUUCACCUGCAUGCAGUGCUCUGUGUCACUGGUGGGGCGUGGCUUCCUCACCCAGCGUGACAACAUUUUGUGCACUGACUGCGGGAGGGACAAAUGACCUUUACAUGCCAGGAUCACAGCUCUACCCAAAUGACAACAACGCCUGCUGUCUGAUAGAAAUACUGUGGAUCUACGAAAGUCUCGCACAAG